AUGUCGCAGUCUUCGAUCGUUACUGUUAUAGAUUCAUUAUUGUCUUCAAAUAAAAUUCGAAAUGCUACGGAUGCUAUGUCAUAUUUAAAUGGCAUGAAGUUCUCGACACUUGACAGAGAUAACGAUGAAAACACUUCAAUAAAUUGUGUUACAACCUUUCCAGGACUUGGUGGUUGGUGGAACAACCAAUGUACACAGGUUGUCUUAACAGGCAGAUAUUAUGGAAAAGGGGAAACUAGUCCAACUAACGGUGGCAUACACUGGAUCCCAGUGACUGGAUCAGGAGAAUCAUUGAAGUAUGCGGAGAUAAAGCUUUUGAUAAAAAAGUAA